AUGAGGACGUGCGACCUUUUCAGUCUGGGUACUCUUGGGUUAGAAGUGGGCUUCCCUCAUCACCUUCUUGAUCUACUUGGGAUGUUUUUGCUAGUUUCGAAUCUGUUUUCUGGUACGCAGUUUAGGACUAUGCCAGCUCUAAUGUUGGUUGUUAAUUCUUCCAGCGAAACUGGUAAGGCGAUAUCCUGGCAGCUGUCUGGCUUCUUUGAUUUUAUGGAGCUCUUUGGUCUUGAGGCAGUGGUGUAUUGUGACGUUUAG